CUUUUUUCCUGCCGGGAAACGGGCCCGGCCUGCGAGCGAAGAGCAUUGCCAAAAUGUCUGAUAGCGAGGAGAGCAAUUUCUCCGAAGAUGAGAGUGAGCGGAGCAGUGAAGCAGAAGAGGUUGAGGAGAACGAGGCAGAAGAACACGUCAGUGCCGUAGGCAGCGAGAAAGAAGCGGAGGAAGAGGAGGAGGAAGAGGAAGAAGACGACUACGAUGAAGAGGAGGAAGAGGAUGACGAUAGGCCUGCCAAGAAACCCAGACACGGUGGCUUUAUUUUGGACGAAGCCGAUGUGGAUGAUGAGUAUGAAGAUGAAGACCAGUGGGAGGAUGGUGCGGAGGACAUUCUGGAAAAAGCAUCCAACAUUGAUAAUGUGGUUCUGGAUGAGGAUCGCUCUGGGGCACGGAGGCUGCAAAAUUUAUGGAGGGACCAGCGAGAGGAGGAGCUGGGGGAGUACUACAUGAAGAAAUACGCCAAAUCCUCUGUGGGCGAGACGGUGUACGGUGGCUCCGAUGAGCUCUCUGAUGACAUCACUCAGCAGCAGUUACUUCCUGGAGUCAAGGAUCCCAACCUUUGGACAGUAAAAUGUAAGAUCGGAGAGGAGCGGGCCACGGCCGUCGCCUUGAUGAGAAAGUUCAUUGCCUACCAGUUCACAGACACACCGCUGCAGAUCAAGUCGGUCGUCGCUCCUGAGCAUGUGAAAGGCUACAUCUACGUGGAGGCCUACAAGCAGACCCAUGUGAAGCAGGCUAUCGAGGGGGUGGGCAACCUGCGCAUGGGCUACUGGAACCAGCAGAUGGUGCCCAUCAAGGAGAUGACGGAUGUGCUGAAGGUGGUGAAGGAGGUGACCAACCUGAAGCCCAAGUCGUGGGUCCGGCUCAAGAGGGGCAUCUACAAAGAUGAUAUUGCUCAGGUGGAUUACGUGGAGCCAAGUCAGAAUCAGAUCUCGUUGAAAAUGAUCCCGCGCAUUGAUUUUGACCGCAUCAAAGAACGCAUCAGUCUGAAAGACUCGUUUGCAAAACGGAAGAAGUUCAAGCGCCCCCCACAGCGUCUCUUUGAUGCCGAGAAGAUCCGGUCUCUGGGCGGAGAUGUGGCCUCGGACGGGGAUUUCCUCAUCUUUGAAGGGAACCGCUACAGCCGGAAAGGCUUCCUCUUCAAGAGCUUUACUAUGUCCGCUGUGAUCACCGAAGGGGUGAAGCCUACUCUGUCCGAGCUGGAGACGUUCGAAGACCAACCGGAAGGUAUCGACUUGGAGGUGGUCACGGAAAGCACAGGGAAGGAGCGGGAGCACAACUUCCAGCCCGGAGACAAUGUAGAGGUGUGCGAGGGGGAGCUGAUCAACCUGCAGGGCAAGAUCCUGAGCGUGGACGGAAACAAGAUCACCAUCAUGCCGAAGCAUGAAGACCUCAAGGACAUGUUGGAGUUCCCAGCUCAGGAGCUGCGUAAAUACUUCAAGAUGGGAGACCACGUGAAGGUGAUAGCCGGCCGCUUCGAAGGUGACACGGGGCUGAUUGUGCGCGUGGAGGAGAACUUCGUCAUCCUGUUCUCGGACCUCACGAUGCAUGAGCUCAAAGUCCUCCCCCGGGACCUGCAACUCUGUUCAGAGACGGCCUCUGGCGUGGACGUGGGCGGCCAGCAUGAGUGGGGGGAGCUGGUGCAGCUGGACCCCCAGACCUUUGGAGUCAUCAUCCGUCUGGAGCGAGAGACAUUCCAGGUCCUCAACAUGCACGGCAAAGUGGUGACAGUCAGGCACCAGGCAGUUAACCGGAAGAAGGACAACCGGUUUGCCUUCGACCUGGACUCCGAGCAGAACAACAUCCACCUGAAGGACAUUGUGAAAGUCAUUGACGGGCCACAUUCGGGUCGUGAGGGGGAGAUCCGUCACCUCUUACGGGGCUACGCUUUUCUGCAUUGCAAGCAGCUGGUGGAAAACGGAGGCAUGUUUGUGUGCAGGACGCGCCAUUUGGUUCUGGCCGGAGGCUCAAAGCCCCGGGACGUCACAAACUUCACCAUUGGUGGGUUUGCACCCAUGAGUCCUCGGAUCAACAGCCCCAUGCACCCCAGCGCAGGAGGUCCACGUGGUGGCUUUGGAGGGGGCGGGAUGAGCCGGGGUCGUGGGCGCAGGGACAACGAACUCAUUGGGCAGACGGUGCGGAUUUCACAAGGGCCCUACAAAGGCUACAUUGGUGUGGUCAAGGAUGCCACAGAGUUCACCGCCCGCGUGGAACUGCACUCCACCUGCCAGACAAUCUCAGUGGACCGGCAGCGUCUCACCACAGUGGGCUCGAGGAAGCCAGGUGGCAUGACCUCGACUUACGGGCGCACCCCUAUGUAUGGCUCUCAGACUCCCAUGUACGGCUCAGGGUCCCGCACACCAAUGUAUGGCUCGCAGACUCCGUUGCAUGACGGCAACCGGACUCCUCACUACGGCUCUCAGACGCCCUUGCAUGAUGGCAGCCGGACUCCCGCACAGAGUGGGGCUUGGGACCCCAACAACCCCAACACCCCCUCCCGAGCCGACGAAGAGUUUGACUACGGCUUUGAUGAUGAGCCCACCCCUUCUCCGCAAGGCUAUGGGGGAACACCCAACCCACAGACUCCAGGCUAUCCCGAUCCAUCUUCCCCGCAGGUCAAUCCGCCGUACAACCCUCAGACACCUGGCACCCCAGCCAUGUACAACACAGACCAGUUUUCUCCAUAUGCAGUUCCGUCCCCUCAAGGCUCCUACCAGCCGAGUCCCAGCCCUCAGAGUUUCCAUCAAGUGGCACCCAGUCCUGUAGGCUACCAGAACACCCACUCGCCGGCCAGUUACCAUCCAACGCCAUCGCCUAUGGCCUACCAGGCUAGUCCCAGCCCUAGCCCAGUGGGCUACAGCCCCAUGACCCCUGGGGCUCCUUCUCCAGGCGGCUACAAUCCUCACACCCCCGGUUCUGGAAUUGAGCAGAGCUCCAGCGACUGGGUCACCACGGACAUCCAGGUCAUCAUCCGCGACACUUAUUUGGACAGUCAGGUCGUGGGGCAGACAGGAGUCAUCCGCAGCGUAACUGGUGGGAUGUGCUCUGUCUACCUGAAGGACAGUGAAAAGGUGGUCAGCAUCUCGAGUGAGCACCUGGAGCCCGUCACACCCACCAAGAACGAUAAGGUCAAAGUCAUCCUGGGAGAGGACAGAGAGGCCAUGGGCGUCCUGCUGAGCAUCGAUGGAGAGGACGGCAUUGUCCGCAUGGACCUAGAAGAACAGCUUAAGAUCCUCAACCUCCGUUUCCUUGGCAAGCUGCUGGAGGCAUAG